AUGAGGUUUGGUCGAAGUGGGAAGUUAUUGCCUAGAUUUAUUGGUUUCUUUGAUAUCAUUGAGCGGAUUGGAGAAGUGGCGUAUCGUCUUGCCUUACUGCCUCAACUCUCACGAGUCCAUAAUGUAUUUCAUGUGUCUAUGCUCCGUAAGUAUGAACCUGACCCUUUCCAUGUGUUAGAUUGGAUAGAAAUUGAAAUGGAUGACAAUGUAUCUUACGAAGAGAGACCGAUCCAAAUUUUUGAUACCCGAGAACAAGUGUUAAGGGGUAAGACAAUUCCCCUAGUUAAGAUGUUGUGGCACCAUCAUGGUGUGGAGGAAGCAACUUGGGAACGAGAAACUGAAUUAUUGAUGGGAUUGCUAGAGAUUGAUGAGUCUAUUACUAUCAUCACACUUUUGUGGCGUUAUGGAAUUGGUGGAAAGCUAGGAACUUAUAGGCCAGUGAGGCAAUUGUUAAUGUAA